AUGAAUCGUUGGCUUGGCAAGGUAGCUCUGGUCACUGGUGCCAAUUCUGGUAUUGGUGCCGCGGUCUCCAAAGACCUCGUCAAAGCCGGCAUGAAAGUUGUUGGCGUGGAUCUUCAAACAGAAUUUAUGGAGAAAAAUGCGGAGUUGCUUGAUAAAACCAAAGGCGGUGAACUUCAUCCACGUCAAUGCAACGUCACCAUAGAACCGCAAGUUCUGGACACUUUUGCAUGGAUUAAAAAAUCUUUUGGAGGAGUUGAUGUUUUAGUCAAUAGUGCAGGGAUCAACAGAAUGAAUAUGCUGACGAAUCCAAAAAACACUGAUGAUUUACGUGCUGUACUAGAUGUAAAUGUUCUUGGUUUAUGCUAUUUUACCAGGGAGGCUUUUAAUUCCAUGAAAGAACGUGAUGUUAGUGGUCAUAUCAUCCAUAUAAACAGUUUGACUGGACAUCAUGUUGGCGUGAACCCUGAAAUUCCACCUACACUUUGCAUGUAUCCAGCAUCCAAAUUUUGUGUAACCGCCCUGACCGAAACUCUUAGACAAGAAAUGAUAUAUUUGAAAAAUAAAACUAAAAUAACGAGUAUUAGUCCUGGAGUCGUCGACACUGGAAUAUUAAAGACUUUUGUGUCAGAAGAGUAUCGUGCCCAAUUUUUGGAACAAAAUCCACAUUUAUCACCAGAAGAUGUGUCAGAGGCUAUUUUGUUCUGUUUGGGAACUCCAGAACACGUACAGAUUCACGAACUCACAAUUCGACCAGUGGGUGAAAAAUUCUAA